GUAAUACUUUUCCGUUUUUGAUGUAUAGAUUGCUUGAAACCAUUCCCAGUUGUCGACGCUGCCACCUUGUUCGGAACAAACCACACGGCUUACAACGAGUCCCCUAACUGCUUAGUAGACAUCAUACACCUAUAAGCUGUGAAGUCGGAUACACUGAAACGCAGAUCGGAAGGAUAAGGGCUUGGCGCCAAUUUCGCUGUGCAGCGGACCGGCAGCGGAGCAAGCUUGGAAGGAGAAAUAUUGACGCGUUGUGCCAAGCGAAACGCCCCCCGGCGUGUGGCUGGCCGCUUCACAUAAGGCCGCGCGGCAGCAGCGCCCGGGCGCGUCAGCUAGCUAGCUAGCCUGCAGCCGCUGUAAAGCAGGAUCUCGCCGCUCUGCGCUUCUCGGGGGUUGGGCGCUCGCGCACCCGCCAUGGCGCGGGGCCCCGGUGACACGGACAUGGACGAGGCCUCAGCCGACGCCGCCAUCCCUUCCUCCACCCCCAACCCCACCGUUGCCUUCCGCUGCACGCACGCGCUCUCCGGCCACACCAAAGCGGUGGCCGCCGUCAAGUUCAGCCCCGACGGCUCGCUCCUCGCCUCCGGCUCCGCAGACCGCACCGUGGCCUUGUGGGAUGCCGCCACGGGCGCCCGCGUUAACACACUCGCCGGGCACUCCUGCGGCGUGUCUGACGUGGCCUGGAACCCAAACGGUCGCUACCUCGCAACCGCCGCCGACGACCACAGCCUCAAGCUGUGGGAUGCGGAGACCGGCGCCUGUCUGCGCACGCUGACCGGCCACACCAACUACGUCUUCUGCUGCAACUUUGACGGCGCGGCUGGGCACCUGCUGGCCUCCGGCAGCUUCGACGAGACACUGCGGCUGUGGGAUGUGCGCAGCGGGCGCUGCCUGCGGGAGGUGCCAGCGCACAGCGACCCAGUGACGUCGGCGGCCUUCAGCUACGACGGCAGCAUGGUCGUCACGAGCAGUCUGGACGGACUCAUCCGGCUGUGGGACACUCAGACGGGCCAUUGCCUCAAGACGUUGUUCGACCGCGACUCACCGCCCGUGUCCUUCGCCGCCUUCACGCCCAACGCCAAGUACGUGCUGUGCAACACGCUGGACGGGCGCGCCAAGCUGUGGGACUACGCCGCCGGCCGCACCCGCCGCACCUACGCCGGCGGACACGUCAACACACAGUUCUGCAUCAGCAGCGGCUUCCUCGGCGGCAGUAGCAGCGCCAGCUUCGAUCUGGGCUGUAGCAUGGUGGUGACGGGCAGUGAGGACGGCAGCCUUGCGGCGUACGACAUCUCGACGGGCCACGUGGUGGGUCGCGGGGCGGCGGCGGCGGCAGCGGCGGAGGGCGGCGGCGACGAGGGCAGCGCCGCCGCCGCGGCGGCGGGAGGUGUGGCCGGCGGGCACACGGCGGCGGUGCUGUCUGUGAAUGUGCACCCCAGCGCGCCGCUGGUGGCCACGGGCGGGCACCACCCCGACAACAGCGUGCGGGUGUGGGCGGCGUCGCGCACAGAGCCAGCGGCCGCGUGAGGCGAGGUGUGUGUGUGUGUGUGGGGGGGGGGCAGGCGGGCGGGGCUUGGUGUGGUGUGGCCCCUGGUGUGGUGUUGGUGUGGCCCCUGGUGUGGUGCGGGUGUGGCCCCUGGUGUGGUGUUGGUGUGGCCCCUGGUGUGGUGUUGGUGUGGCCCCUGGUGUGGUGCGGGUGUGGCCCCUGGUGUGGUGCGGGUGUACGGCGGUGAAGGCGGGGGCGGCUGGUUGGGCGGGGGUGUCGUUGGGCGGCGGGGCUGCGGCGCCAGGGCAUGUGUUGACUGGUCUGCAGGACCUGGCGGCUCGGGCUGGAGCGAGGGGUUGGUGGCAGGCCGGUGUGGUGCCUUCGCCGGGAGGUGAUAGGUGCGAGGUGGGAUCUGCGGGGGCCACACAGCACACAGCGGGGCCCAGGCGAGGACAGCAGGUGGAGCGUGCGUGAGCAAGCACGAGGCAUAAAGCCAUCUGCAUCUGUGGCGGCCACGGCACGGCAUGUAAUGUUGCAGACAG